AUGUAUAUCAACUGGGUCCACCAAUACGUCCCCCCUACUUUUGCAUCUUUGGCUUUAGCAGUGAAUCCUGUUUUCAUUUAUUUGAUCUUCUCUGAAAAAGUUGCGAUACUCGGAAACUAUCGAUACCUUUUGCUGUAUUUCGCUUGCUUCAAUUUGAUUUAUUCGACGUUCGUUUUGUUGCUGCCAAUUGCGAUUCACUCCUAUCGUUACUGCUUCUCAAUUUUCACUAGCGACGGCCACUUUCUUGAAGCAUCCAGCUUAAACUUGAACCUGUUGAUUGCCCGAUGUUCAUUGAUUGCAUGCAGUUACGCAGUGCUUCUAAGUCAUUUUGUAUAUCGAUAUCUGGCAGUGAAAACCAGUAACUAUACCGGCCGGAAAUUCCCAAUUUUCAUGUUGGGUUCUCUCAUUUUAACAUCACUGUUUUUCGGUUACGGGUUUGCUAUCUGCGCGUUUGGAAACUCGCCAGCUGGAAAGGCGUAUCUUCGUGAGAGUUACUUCAAAACCCAUAACAUCGAUUCUAUGAAGUUGAAUAUUAUUGCUGCAGUUUUUUAUGAAGUACCAGACGGACUAGAAUACAGAUCUUAUGCUUCGAUUGGUUUGUUGACUAUUCAAUCAGUGACAUCGCUAACGCUAUUUAUCACUUUGGGAACAAUGACGAUUCGGUCGAUCAAUCGUCUCAAGUUCAAUAUGAGCGAUAAGACAAAAAUACUUCAGAGACAACUCAUGAAGGCGCUAGCUAUUCAGACGAUAAUCCCGAUAUUUAUCAGUUUUUCACCUUGCGCCGUCAGCUGGUACAGCCCUAUAUUUAAUAUCGAUUUGGGAAGCGGAAUAAGCAAUCUCGAAGUAAAUGCUUUGGCAACGUUUCCGUUUUGUGAUCCAAUUGCUAUCAUUCUGUGCAUUCCAGUUCUUCGACGACAAAUUUUCUUCAGGAAGAAAAUGAUAGCGAUACAACGAUUAGAUAUCAAUACGACUUUUACAUAA